AUGUUCGGGGCUAUUGGCUUGCGGGUGAUUGUGUCAAGGCGAGCUCCGGCCGCCGUGCAACGGUGGCUGGGGUCGAGAAAAGCUUUUAAUUUGGACUUUCAUUCCUCAUCUCGUCCUGGUGCUGGGCUUGGAAGGGUCCUCUGGUGGCGGCUCCCGACGAGGUUUGUGCGGGUUCGUGGCCUUCGGGGUGGGCAGAGGACCGACAUUCCUGUUGAAGAGCACCUCGAGCACCCCGUGGGCUCACAACCGACCUCUCCCCCCGCAAGCUCGACCACUCCGGUUAUCCACAUACCUGCCUCUCCUAACCCCAAGUUGGUCGAGCAGACACAACUCAAGCGUCCUCUGGUCGAGGGGGGUGAGGGGGUUAAUGAACGUCCUCGCCGCGAGGAGGCUGCCACUAUUUCCAUCCGCGCACCUUCAUCUCUGGUCAAGGGGCUGGUCGAGCUUUUUCCCUUGGUCGACCAAACCGUGACCAGUGCAGGCCACUCGAUCCCUAAGAUCGAGAAGGGCAUCUGCGUUUUGCAGUAA